AUGAUCGUGGUUAUACAAAUUCAGGAUUUGGAAGCAGUGACUCGGUGUGAAGACUCACAUCAAUCACUUGGCACUGCCAUGUCUGACACCACUUGGAGAGGCAAAGCCCCAAGAUCAACAAGCAGUGAACCAUCAGAUCAACAGAGUUCCCUGCAAGAGAAGGAAACAGAUGAGAAUUCUCCUGAGAAAAGCUCUCAACUCAGGCAGAAGCAAUCGCAAAUUCAGCGACAGUUAAAAAACCUGUCAUUUGAAAACCCUGGACCGCAGAUGACCGACUUUGAUCUUGUACCCAGAAAACUGAAAAAGAAAGCACAGAUGUCAAAGAAGAAUGAGUAUUUUCCUGAGAAAAACAAACCCAAGAGGAAAUAUGACGAGAAUGGCAAGCUGAUCUGCAAUGGCGUAGACCUGUGUGAUUGUCUGGAUCAGAACUGCCUGGGCUGCUUCUACCCCUGCCCCAAGUGCAACUCCAUGAAGUGUGGGCCUGUUUGCCGCAACAACCGGUGCUGGGUAUAUGAUGACAUGGUUGAUGAGUCCGGGGAUGUCGUCAGUAUCCUGCCCUUCAGUGUCCCAGAGUAGGACUGCUCCUCCACACCCCAUAGCUCCCUGCUCCAACACACUCAAGUUCAUG